CGCAGCUAUAAAUGCUUGUGUAGCACAAAGUUACCAGAUAGGGUAGACUUGUUGAGCCACAGUUAUGUUCUUGCUUGUUAGUUGUUUUGCCCUGGUGGCUUCCACACUGGGGUGUGGAGUGCCUACUAUUAAGCCCAAGGUGAGUGGAUACAACAAGAUUAUUAAUGGCGAGAAUGCAGUGUCCGGUUCCUGGCCCUGGCAUGUUUCUCUUCAGGACAAAAAAGGGUUUCACUUCUGUGGGGGAUCACUGAUCAACAAGGACUGGGUUGUCACAGCUGCUCAUUGCCAAGUGUGGCUGCCAGACCACCGUGUGAUCCUGGGUGAGCACGAUAGGCUGUCCAACAGCGAGCCCAUUCAGAUCAGGACCAUUUCUAAGGUAAGGACAAUC